ACACACUGUCUUUUGUUUGUGGUUAGGUUUCCAAAGAAAAUUUCGCUUGAUUUUUCUUUAUUGUUUAUUUUAUUUAUUCAUUUCAAAUUUACUCAAUAAUUGAAUGUAUAAUAUAAUUGUACCUUUAGUUAAUUAAUUAUUAUUUUAUCUAAAAGAUUUUUUGUAGAAUCUAAUUAUUAAUUUAAUAUAAAUUUACCACUUGAAUGGCUGAAGAAUACAAAUCAUUACACCCAUUAAAAUACUACAGGGACUACUACUCCCAUGAUAUAAGACCUGAUGGCAGAGAAUUCUUCGACUUUCGACCCAUAAUAGUAAAUGUAGGGUCCAUAACAACAGCAGAUGGUUCUGCCAUAGCUAAAGUUGGCAAGAGCACGGUUAUUUGUGGAAUAAAAGCUGAACUAUGUAGACCAAAGCCAGAGUCACCCAAAGAAGGAUUUUUGAUAACAAAUUUGGAGCUACCAUCUCUGUGUUCUUCCAAAUUUAAACCAGGCAGUAGUAAUGAACAAGCCCAGGUCUUAACACAACUUAUAGCAAAUAUCAUAGAAAACUCAAAGUGUAUAAAUCUGGAAGAACUCUGUAUACUUAAAGAUAAACUUGCUUGGUGCCUAUACACGGAUUUGAUUUGCUUAGAUUAUGAUGGAUCUGUACUGGACGCUUGCUUGAUAGCACUUAUGGCUUGCUUAAAAUCAGUUACUCUUCCCCAUAUUGAUUAUGAUCCAGCUCUAGACAUUAAACAAGCAAACCUAGAAGACAGAAAACCCUUAAAUGUAUAUUCUACCCCAAUUACUACAACUUUUGCAAUUUUUGAUGACAAAAUUAUCCUGUCAGAUCCAAGUAACGAAGAAGAAAACUUAUGUACCGGAACUGUGAGUGUGGCAGUGCUGAAUGAUCAAGAGUUGUGUAGCGUUCACAAACCUGGGGGAAGUCCCCUUAGCGAGCAACAAGUAAUGGAUUGUAUUGAAAAGAGUAAACUUAGGUCAAGAAGCGUUAAGAAAUUGAUUGAUGCGGCCUUAAGGGAUAUGAUAUGUCAAAAAAACAUAAGUUGAUUAGAGUGAAUCGUUUUGUAUAUAAGAAUUAAGACUUUUUAUUAAAAAUAAUUAAAUAUGA